GGUCCAGCUCCACCAACGGUCGGCGACGCUGCGGUCCCCGCGGCCGCAGGCUCCCUGGGUCGCAGUCCGCGUGACCCGGCCCCCGUUUGCGCGCUCUCCCCCUUCGCCGGCGCAGUCACCGCGCGGGGCGGCCGCCCGUGAGGUAGCUACCACGGCUUGUGACAACGACUAAAGCUCCGGACAGCAGCGCCCUCGGCGACAGCGGGGCGGGCGGCCCCGGCCGGGAGCGGCGGCCCGUGCGCGACCGUGAGGAGCGAGCGGCGGACGCGAUCCCCGGCCCGGCCCCGCACCCGCCGCCCGGCAGGCGCGACAUGAGCCUGGUCUGGCGUCCGCGGGAGGCUCCUUGAGCCCCUUCUCCGGCUGUUACCUCCGGGGACGGUUGUGGCCACACCGACACGUAUUUUCCAAAUAAAUCAUUGUUUUAUUCUUGCGGCGGCGGGGCCGAACACGCCACUUUAUUUUUGAUUUCUUUCAACAAGCCUUUACCCAGCACUCAUCCAGUGAAACAGCUUGGUGACGUCUGAAGGGAGCGUCCGCUCGCAGGGAAUCUCUGGACUGAGCAGCUCGUGGAAGCCGGCGCUGGCAGCGUCCCCCCUCAGAUGCUCUGAAGACUCUGCGUCUUCCCGUCAACCACCGGCGUGCACAGAACCCCACUCCGGGAACGUCUUGAUCCAGCGAUGCCAAGGACUGACGUUUCAAGGGAUUUCCCUCUUAACUAAUGGAACGAAAUCUGUGGCCUGCUGACGGUGCUGGGGGGAGAGACGGCAGGGAGUCGUCUCCACCUUGGGACGCUUUACCCGUGGCUCAGAUCUAGACCAAGGUCGGGAACAGACGGAACCUCAGAGGCCGGCUGAGCCCGGUGACGGGAACCAAGCAAGGGCUGAUUUGUCAGUGCUCUCUCCUGUCUCCCACUGGAGGGAGCCCUUGCUUCGGGCAGCCGAAAUCCCAAGGGCUCCUUUCCCCGGAAAGAGCUACUUUCUCCAAGCCUUUACUGGGUAGAACUAAGGCGCCUACACUCUGGAGGCAAAAUGAGCCUCUAUCCUGAGUGCUGGCUACCUCAUGCAUUUAGGGGGCACGAAAAAAGCAAAGACCCAUUUUAGUCAGGUCAGGCGGUGGUUCCAAUUCUUACUCUGCUGAGUAAUAGCAGUAACUCUGAUCUUGGGCAAGUGCCUCUCUGUGACCUCUCUGGGUCUUAGUCUCCUCAUCUUGAAAACGGGGAUAGUGAUGGUACCUCCUGCACAGGGGUUUUGUGAGUUAACACAGGUAAAACGCCCAGAACGGUUUUGAUGCGAUUUAACAUUAAUUGGCUACUACUGGUGUUGAUACUGGGUGAGUCCUUUCUUCUGUCACAUGGGUUGGCAGUUAAAGUACAGUUACUUUGACCCUGUGGUACCAAAUGGAGAAUUAAAUUGCUGACCAAGCCCUGUUUAUAUUUACAGCUGGAAGAGCCUGUAUUGUCCUCAUAAUAGUAUAGAAGAAUUCAAGUUAGGAGAGAGAGGCAGCAGCGAAUGAAGACUGUAAAAGAAAAGAAGAAAGAACGUCAAAGAUUGAGAAAAUCUGCCAAGACAAGGAGGGUAACCCAAAAGAAGCCAUCUUCAGGGCCUGUUUGCCGGCUAUGCCUUCGAGAACCUGGGGAUCCCGAAAAACUGGGGGAAUUUCUUCAGAAAGACAAUCUCAGCGUGCAUUAUUUUUGUCUUAUACUAUCUAGCAAGCUGCCUCAGAGGGGCCAGUCCAACAGAGGUUUCCAUGGAUUCCUGCCUGAAGACAUCAAAAAGGAGGCAGCACGGGCUUCUAGGAAGAUCUGCUUUGUGUGCAAGAAAAAGGGAGCUGCCAUCAACUGCCAGAAGGAUCAAUGCGUCAGAAACUUCCAUCUUCCUUGUGGCCAAGAAAGGGGUUGCCUUUCGCAAUUUUUUGGAGAGUAUAAAUCAUUUUGUGGAAAACACCGCCCAACACAGGACAUCCAACGGGGGAAGGCAGGGGAGGAAAGCUGUGUCUUGUGUUGUGAAGACUUAUCCCAAGCAAGUGUUGAAAACAUCCAGAGUCCAUGUUGUAGUCAAACUAUCUACCACCGCAAGUGCAUACAGAAAUAUGCCCACACAUCAGCAAAACAUUUCUUCAAAUGUCCACAGUGUAACAAUCGAGAAGAGUUUCCUCAAGAAAUGCUAAGAAUGGGAAUUCAUAUUCCAGACAGAGAUGCUGCCUGGGAACUCGAGCCAGGGGCUUUCUCGGAGUUGUAUCAGCGCUAUCAACACUGUGAUGCCCCCAUCUGUCUGUAUGAACAAGGCAGGGACAGCUUUGAGGAAGAAGGGAGGUGGCGCCUCAUUCUGUGUGCUACAUGUGGAUCCCAUGGAACCCAUAGGGACUGCUCCUCUCUUAGAUCCAACAGUAAGAAAUGGGAGUGUGAGGAGUGUGCACCUUCUGCUGAAGCCACAGACUAUACACCAGAAAACUCGGGUGACAUCCCUUGUUGCAGCAGCACCUUCCACUCUGGGAGGCAUUUCUGCCGAGACACCAGCCUGGAAGAGAAUCCAGGCCCUUCUUGGACUAAUUGGCCAGGACCUUCCUUAUUAGAAAAGCCAGAGUCCUCUGGUGGCAGGAGGAGCCACUCCUGGCGGUCCAAGGGUGUCAAAAUCACUAAGAGCUGCAAAAAAUCCAAGUAACAGCUUCCGAGUAGUCGCUGCCAAGUACAUUUGGGUAUGAAGCUGUGCUCCUCCACCGGGUUUAGGGGAGGGAGCCCUUUGGGACUGUGAGACAAGGAAAGAGGGCCAGCAGUGAGAGUAUGAAGCAAGGAAAGAGAAGUCCCAGGGGAGUGUGAGGACAGAACAGAGUCCAGAUGCCAAGCUUGGAAGGUGUUAGUGGUUAUGAGAGUGCCUCUGCUCUUUCUACCUGAUCCCCGAAGGGCCUUCUCUUCUCCCACCCUAAUCUGCUUCUCAUAUGCCUCUUCUUACUUCACCCACGUUUAUUAUUAUGCAAAUAAAGG